AUGGAACAUGUAUUUGGAGGAGGAAUCGUUUCUUUGAAUGGUGAGGAGUGGAAAAUUCUGAGACGGUUCUUCCUCCAGGCGUUUAAAGAUUGUGGCACAACUUCCAGCGAAGCUUAUCACGAAUGUCUCAAUGCCACCUUCGAGGACCUUGCUACUUCUCAGGGAAAUCCCGUAGACAUGACAAACAUCAUGCUUGACAGGUGUUCCAAAAUUAUGCGUGACACAGUCUUUGGACAUGAAGGAGUCACCGAAGAUGAAAUAAGGGAUCUGAAUGAAGCUUAUGGCAAAAUUUUGGAGACAUUAUCGUCCACCAAACUUUUCCUCUUCGGAAAAGUAGCAAAGAAACUAUUCUUUCCCUUUCUUGGUGGAUAUAAUCAAUCUAAAAUUUAUCGGCAGAAAAUGCUGGAUGUUCUGCACAAAAAUAUUGCCCAACACGAAUCUCGAUAUGAUGAAAACAAUAUCAGGGACCUUAUCGACAUGUACAUUAAAGAACGGAAAACGAGAAUUCAAAAGAGAGACCCUAUAGCAAAGCAUUUUACAAAUGAUGUUUUAGCUUGUACUCUGUUACAACUUGUUGGAGAUGGUAUCCUCAGCGUAGCAGCGUAUGUUAACAUCUUUCUCCAAGGUCUCGUUGAAUACCCAGAAGAACAGGAAAAAGUUCACGACGAAAUCAUCGAUGUCAUUGGACCCGAUCGCCAAACAACGAUAGACGACAAAAAUAAACUACCUUAUACCAACGCCUUCAUGUAUGAAGUUAUAAGAAAAUCAGAUUUUACCCCUAUGUUGCCGAGCGUUGAAUGUACAACUGAAACGACUAUCCGAGGAUAUAGAAUCCCUAAAGGAGCUGUCACUUUACCAAAUUAUUGGGCUGCUAACCACGAUCCAGAAACUUAUGAUGACCCGGAUACUUUCAAUCCCUCCAGAUUUCUAGCAACUCCAAAUAAACCAAGAGCAGAGCUUCCUGUUUUGUUUGGUGUUGGGAAAAGAGCUUGCAUUGGAGAAACAUUUACAACAACUCAAGCGUUUCUUUUCCUCACAAGUAUCGCCCAGAAAUUCAAGCUAUCUAAACCAAGCGAACCAGCUGGCAACGAUUCCGUCUCUUUAACACCUGGACACACUUACAUACUCGUCAAUUCAAGAAAAGAGGGAUGUGAAAUAGAUCUUUCCUAAGAAGUAACUGAGUCUGUGAGAUGCGAAAUGCCUCUUUCCUAAGAAGUAACUAAGUGUUCGUGAGAUGUGAAAUAAUUCUUUCCCAAGAGGUAACUGAGUAUUUGUGAGAAGUGAAAUACCUCUUUCAUAAGAAGUAACUUUGAGAUGCGAAAUAGUUCUUUCCCGCGAAGUAACUAGUGUGCGUGACAUGUGAAAUAGCCCUUUUCCAUGAAGUAACUGAGUGCGAUGUGAAAUAGCUCUUUCCCAUGAAAUAACUGAGUGUGCGUGAGAUGUGAAAUUCCUCUUUCUCAAGAAGUAACUGAGUGUCCGUGUUUCUGCAUUUCAAAAAAGUAGUCUUUUGAAGUACAUAUGUCUGUUUUAGCCUUAUGCGUGGAUUAGUUUAAGUACUGAAAACUGAACUCUGUCCUUAUCAAUCGCCUGAAGAAAGACCCAGAAACAAGCUCUAAAACUCUUAACAAUAAUCAUUCGGAAUUUUCGAGCCACUCAGUCCCAUAGCAAUCAAUAUUACAAAGCCAGAAAUUAAGAAUAAAAACUAUAAGGAAUGACAUUAGAAGAAUUAAUAUCAACGGGACAGUAGCAUUGCAAUUCCAGCUAUACCGUAGUUAAAAAUGGAUUUAUAGACUUAUCUAGUUCUUUAUUCUACAUUCAUUUAAUGAUGCAAAGAAGCUGCUUUUAAAGAUGAAUUGCAAAAAGAUUCAAAAAGCGAAGUUGCUCUUUUGAACUCUGAAUAGAUUAUUUUGUAUCAUUGUGCUUUGCCUUGAAUAUUGAAAACCCAUGUAUCAUGAACAAAUUCUAAUCUCUCAGAUAGCAUUGAAAGGUUAGAUAUAAUUGUUUACUGAUUGUAAAUUGUAAGUUCCCAACAGGAGACUCGAUGCAAAGAGACCAAUGCGUCCACCAUUUUUUCGUUUAAUUUCUCUCUUUUGGUGGUUGUCUUAUUUUACACAAAAGUAGCAAGAGGGGGAUUGAUUCGCAACUCAUACAUACAUACAUGGACACACACACCAAUCGAUGUAAAUGUAUAACUAUGAUGUAAUCAAUAAAA